AUGGUGAUAAUCGUCAUAGGUGCCGCUCAAGGAGUACUAGUCGUGGGUCCGAAAUAUAUCCGAGCCAACCAGGAAUACACUCUGGUGAUCAGCAACAUUAACUCAAACCAAACCAAAUUGGACUUGAUAGUGAAGCUAGAAGGCGAAACUGAUAAUGGUUUAAAUGUGUUGAACGUUACCAAGACUUUCGACGUGCGACGUAAUAUGAACCGAAUGAUCAAUUUCAAUAUGCCCGAGAAUCUUGCUGAAGGGAACUACAAAAUUACCAUCGAUGGACAGCAAGGCUUCAGCUUUCACAAGGAGGCAGCGCUGGUGUAUCUCAGCAAAUCGAUAUCGGGGUUAAUACAGGUCGAUAAGCCCGUAUUUAAACCUGGCGAUACGGUGAACUUCCGUGUGAUCGUGCUGGACACGGAGCUGAAGCCGCCAGCGAGGGUCAAGUUGGUUUAUGUAACUAUACAAGAUCCUCAGCGCAAUGUGAUUCGCAAAUGGUCCUCGGCAAAACUGUAUACCGGUGUGUUCGAGGGCUAUCUGCAGAUAGCGCCUACUGCAAUGCUUGGAAUCUGGAAUAUCUUGGUGCAGGUGGAGGGAGAAGAGCUUGUGUCAAAGACGUUUGAGGUGAAGGAGUAUGUGUUGUCAACGUUCGACGUGCAGGUCAUGCCAUCGGUGAUUCCACUGGAAGAGCACCAAGCUGUGAAUCUUACAAUCGAAGCGUACUAUCACUUUGGUAAGCCAGUGCAGGGAGUGGCCAAGGUGGAGCUUUAUCUAGACGAUGAGUUGAUAGAUCAGAAGAAAGAACUGACUGUGUAUGGAAAGGGUCAAGUAGAGUUGCUGUUAUUUGGUAAAUUUGAAAUGUACGAAGAUCAGCAGGAUGUACGAGUGAAGGUGACGUUCAUCGAGCACUACACAAAUCGUACGCUGGUGAAGCUGUCACAAAUAACGAUAUACAAGCAUGCGUACCGAGUAGAGUUGAUCAAAGAGAGCCCUCAUUUUCACCCGGGAAUUCCGUUCAAGUUUGUGCUUCAGUUUACACACCAUGAUGGAACACCGGCUAAAGGCAUUACCGGGAAGGUAGAGGUAUCCGGUAUAGGAUUCGAAACGACAGCAACGAGUGAUAACGAUGGAUUGAUUAAGCUCGAGCUGCAAAAAAAUGAGGAUAUCGAAUUAAUGCACGUUAGCUUUGUAAAUAAUAAUGAUGGAUUUGUCUUUGAACACAAUGUUGACAGAGAUGUAUUCGCUACAAAUGCUUACAUUAAAAUAGAGCUGAAAUCACCCAUCAAACUGAACAAAAAUAUGCGCUUCACGGUGACGUGCACGGAGCGCAUGACAUUCUUCGUGUACUAUGUUGUGUCAAAGGGCAACAUCGUCGAUGCAGGCUUUAUGAGACCAAACAAGCAAAAGAAGUACUCGUUGCAACUAGACGCUACUGAAAAGAUGAUUCCGAAGGCGAAAACCCUUGUCGCUACCCUAGUGAAUCGUACGAUGGUGAACGAUAUUGUGGAUAUUGAUUUCCAAGGGUUUCGUAAUAACUUUGAUUUAAGCAUUGACGAGCAAGAGAUCAAACCGGGACGACAAACCGAGCUGAGCAUGUCUGGACGCCCUGGAGCGUACGUUGGGCUGGCCGCGUAUGACAAAGCCUUGCUGCUGUUCAACAAGAACCACGACCUGUUCUGGGAGGACAUUGGGCAGGUGUUUGACGGGUUCCAUUCAUAUGACACAAAUGAAUUCGACCUGUUUCACAACAUGGGCUUGUUUGCCAGAAUGGAUAAUAUUAUGUUUGAUCAAUCCAAUGAUAAAUCGGCACGCAGUGGACAGCAGGCGGACGGAACAGUGUUUAGGAAACAGUUUCUAGAAUCAUGGUUGUGGAAGACUGCGAUCAUUGGAAAUUCCGGUACUCUCAAGCUGAUUGAGGUUGUACCGGAUACAACGACCACCUGGUAUCUGACGGGCUUCUCGAUCGAUCCCGUGUACGGGUUGGGUAUCGUUAAGAAACCGAUCGAAAUCACAACAGUGCAGCCGUUUGUCGUUAUGGAAAGCUUGCCGUAUUCGAUCAAGAGAGGUGAGGCGAUCGAGAUACAAUUUAUUCUUAUCAGCAACCUUCAAGAAGAGUACACCGUUGACGUGACGCUGUAUAAUGAGAACAACGAGAUGGAGUUCCUCGGACGUUCGAUUUCAAACGUAAGCUACACCAAAUCGGUGAGUGUAUCUCCAAAGGUGGGAAAACCUGUAUCAUUUCUAGUGAAAGCAAAGAAGCUCGGUGAGAUGAUGGUUCGUGUGAAAGCCUCUAUAGCCAUUGGACUUGCAACGGAUGCACUGGAGAAGGUGAUACGAGUUAUGCCAGAAAGCUUGGUACAGUCAGGAGUAGAAUAGUUCGGAUUUUUCAUGGACACGCACCAGAAUCGAACGUUCUUGGUGAAUCCGAACAUUGAUAAAAAGGCCGAUAAUGGAUCGAUAGCGAUCGAGCUUAGAAUUAAUCCCAACUUACUGAUUAAGGUCAAAGAAAAUUUAAAUGAUCUUCGUACUGUAUCGCCUACAUGUAAGAAUGUGAUAAGAUUGGCACUUAAUUUUGCUGUCGCUGAUUAUCUGAUUGCAUGUGGACCCAAAGAACAGAAUCUUCCCGAAAAUGCCGUCGAUGCGUUGAGUAAAGAAUAUAUGUUGCUAAUGACUUGCUUGAAUUCGGAUAGUUCAUUUGAUAGCGUGCAGAAUAUUGUUAGCAAUAUAUUUUACACUGCAUUUGUAGCCAAUACGCUGGAUACUGCACCCAAGAAUGUGCGCCAGACAAGUAAUGUUAAAUUAGAGAAAGCAUUUGACUGGCUUGCCUCUCGACAGCAACGUUUCGGAAGUUUCAGAGAAAUCGAAUCCGAUCUGCACUAUACACGUAGUGAAAUAGCAUUGACAUCCUACGUAUUGGCAUCAAUGCUAGAGAACGAAAGCGCCAAAGUGAAGCACGCUGUGGUGAUAGAAAAGGGCAUGUGGUUUCUGAGCAAUCAAUUCGAUUUAAUCACAAGCGCAAAUGAUUUGGCGAUAGUGACCUAUGCGAUGAUGUUGUACGGGCACUGGCGAAAGGACGCUGCGUUCGAAAAGCUGAUCGAUAUGUCAACCAUCACAAAUAAUGGAGCGGAACGAUAUUGGAACACGUCGAACAGCGUAGAGGCAACGUCUUACGCUUUGCUAUCGCAUGUGUUGGUCAACAAGUUGCUAGCAGCUUUGCCAAUAAUGCGUUGGCUAGUGAAUCAGAAAAGCGAAAUAGACAGUGUUUCUGGCCAAGAAACUACCUAUUUGCGUCUCAAAGCACUGUCCAGGAUGACAAAAAAGAUAUCUCCAUCCCGGAAUGACUAUAUGGUACAGCUAAAGUACAAGCAAAGUACGCGAUUGUUGCGUUUUGAUUCAUACAGAAAUAUGAUACAAAACAUUACCACACCGCAAGACGUAAGGAAGAUUAAAAUAACAGUUGAGGGUAUUGGGGUUGGGCUCCUGGAGGUGAUGUAUAAAUACAGAUUGAAUCUCGUGAACUUUGAGCAUCGAUUCCAGCUAGACUUACAGAAACAGAACACAAGCUCCGACAACGAGCUAAGGCUGAAUGUGUGUGCCAACUAUAUCCCCACUUUGCGUGACAGCCACUCAAACAUGACACUAAUCGAGGUGACAUUACCGAGCGGUUACGUUGUCGAUCGCAAUCCGAUCAGCGAGCAGACGACGGUGAAUCCGAUACAGAACAUGGAAAUUCGUUACGGUGGCACUUCAGUCGUUCUGUACUACUACAAUAUGGGCACCGAGCGUAACUGUUUUACCGUGACUGCGUACAGACGCUUUAAGGUCGCAUUGAAGCGUCCAGCGUAUGUUGUUGUGUACGAUUAUUAUGAUACAAAUCAGAACGCCAUCAAAGUGUACGAAAUGGACAAGCAGAAUGUAUGCGAAAUCUGCGACGUUUGUGACUGUACCACCGAGUGCAAAACAUAAUUUAAGCAAUUUUUUUCUGUUGU